UUCCCGCCAGUGAAAAACUCAAAAUGGCGGUUGUUUUCAACUUGUUUUGUUUUUUCAUUUCUUCGCUUAUCUUGGAAGUAUUUUGCUACGAUAUUCCAUACGUAGAUCCCAGUAAAUGCUCCUCAAACCAGUACUAUCAAUUUUCCUCGCUGCGUUGUGUAGAUUGUGGAUCCGGACAAACUCAAAGCGAUGAUAAAUUAUCGUGCAAUUGUCGCCCUGGUUUCAAGAAAACAAAGUCUGAUGGCGGACCCAAUUUAUUGUGUGAGUCUUGCUCGACUGGAUCAGGUGGGGUAAACCGCACUGCUUCUCUUGAUGGCUGGUCUUGCGUUUUAUGCCCGAAUGAUGUAGGUUUUGACGUGACAAAUUCUAAGUGUAACGACUGUCCUAUUGGUACUACCGCUGUCGACCGUUUGAUUGACGGGACAAAACUCUCGCAAAGGCAAUGUCUCAAGUGUGUGUCAGACACUUCGCCUGUAAGUAACGGAGGGGAUUGCCAGCGCUGUCACUCAAGUUACUUAGUGUCCAAUGCCAGUUCAACUGUGUGUGACUGUCCAUCUUCUGAAAACCAGUAUUUACAAACAGGAGGGGUAUGUCUUGCAACCUCUAGUGUGAUUAAGGCAUCGUCAGAGCUUUACACUGUAAACUAUGAUGACGUGAAGAAAAUCAACUCAUUUUUCUUCGAGGAUAAUCUUCGUGCCGCUGUAGCUUUGUGCAAGCAAAACCAGAAUUUUACUUCCUGUCAAUUGUUAGGCAAUUUAUGUGUGCUGUUAGAUUAUAAUCUUGAUCUUUAUGACGGAAGCUCAAGUACUACUGAUGCUUGUAAGGAAUUCCUGGACAUUGUUGACAUAAGGACUGAAAAGGUCACAGGUAAGACCAUCAGAACCAUUUUUGACUGGCCUGUAGAUAUGCCAUGGUUGUACUACAAGACUGGGAUUCAAGAUGCAGUGGAUGUUCUGAACAGGCGAGAUAUUACCCAAGCUUUCAGCGCAAAUGGCCCGUUAACCUUCAUUAUCAGUAGAACAACUUUAAAUGGGAGUUUUGCAGGUCUCUUAACCGACACCUCUGAGCUCCAACUUUGCCAGGAGCGGCUGUCCAAAAUGGCUUCUGCAAAUUCAUUUGCUACUACUUACAAGUCAUCAUGCUCAAUUCCAGUGAAAUUCUUGAUGCAAAAGCCCAUGUAUUUUUAUGAUGUUUACCUCAAGGUCCAAGACCCUCUGAUGUAUGCAGUUCCAGUCCUUGUGGAAAAUUACAAAAAGAGUGGCGUUGCUGUCAACGCUAAUAGUGACCAAAGUAGGUGGCAGUUAUCACGAAGGUUCUUUCUGGUCGAGAAUAUAAUUGGGCGUAACACAGGCUCGAACAAGGUGGAAGUGAUUCGAUAUGCGGAGAGUAUUGAGAUGAGUAUUCGCUUGCGGUCAUCGGAUGGUGAAAUAUACCCGCCAUUUAUCAAGAUCAAGUAUAACUCUGUGGAAGUGAAAGAUGAAGCAAUUGUUGAAAAGACCAGUAAGGAUGUGAGCUUUUCUGUGACAUACACAAUGGAUCUGGAGACCAUAGACAGGGAUACCAAGACUGCUAUUGGGUGUCUGUCUGGUCUCGCAGCAAUUUUUGCGCUUGUCAAGGUGGCAAGCUGGCGUCGACGGCAUGGCUCAGAGGCUAUAGACUGCUCCACACUCAUCAAGCUUCUUAUGUAUUCCUUUGGGACUUUUUCCACCAUGUACUUUUGGAUUCUAUUUGGGCUCUCUUUGCAGUGGCUGAUUUUCUUCAAGCAGCAGUCUGUAGUGUAUCGACUCUUGCCAAUGGGCUCUCAGGAGAAUCUCUUCAGGGACUUACUCAUAGUUGCCUUCACUUUUAAAAUCUUAGACCUGUUUCAUGUGAUCUGGUCACAGAUUUCCAUUGAUAUCUUCUUCAUGGACUGGGAGCGACCACGAGGACGUAUCACCCAGCCCAACCAAGCAGGUGAGAGUGCAGGGGAGGAGUCCCCUGUCAGCAUAUGGCGUACCUUCUUUGUAGCAAACGAAUGGAACGAAAUCCAGACCAUGAGAAAAAUCAGCCCUGAACUGCAGAUCUUCGCUACUCUGUUUUUCCUUAAGGUGGUUGGGUUUGAACAUCUUGCCACUACUGAUCCCAUAAGCAGGUUUACUGUUAACCCCAGCACUGGGUACAUCGGUGAGUACAGUGCCACUUUGCGGUUCGCCGUUCUGACCAUGGUGUACCUUGUCAUCGAAGGCGUACAGUGGUUCUACUUCGCGUUCAUCCAUGAGAGGUUCUUUGGGGACUCUUUGGGAGACUUUGUUGAUCUUUGCUGCAUGGCUAAUGUCAGUGUCUUUAUCAUGGAGAAUACCCUCUAUGGCUAUUACAUCCAUGGGCGAUCAGUGCAUGGCCGUGCUGAUACCAACAUGAAAGAGAUGAAUGAGCAGCUCAAGCGAGAAGAAGAGGAUCUGUGUGGCAAGCGCGGGCUGGAGCCUAACACGGAGAACCAGACGUUCGAGGUAGGGCUUCCACAGAAGUUCAGACAGCAGUAUGACAAGGUGGUGGAGCCUUUGACAGCAAGAGGACAGCAAGCUCAGAGGAGGAAUGUGCCUUCGGGUGGAGCAUCUGGGUCCCUCCCUGUGGCAGUUGAGCGGAGCAUCAAUGCUUAUGCGGCAAUGAACAGGUUCCUGUGUGGGUUUAUUGAUCACUCCCUGCGUGACCUGGACUACCUGAUUCAGGACAAGCUGUUGUUGGAGCGUAUUAUUGACAUGGAGGUGCGCGAGCAGCCUCUCGACAAAGCUGUGCUCUUCAACGACGAUGGCAGGUCUUUUAACUGCGUGCUGUUUUACGGUAACGAGUGGACGCUGUUGUUGUUCGAGCUCUUGUUCUUCGCCUUUUGUGACUACUUUGCGACAGACUUCAUUCUUGCCGGUGUGCUUACUUACAUAGUGAUUACAGUCCUCGCGAAAAUAAGAGACAUCUUUGGCAGACGGAACCUCGCGAAAAAAACAAUGGUCGAUGAAAGAUUCUUGAUCUAAGGGCGGAUCUAAGAACUCUGGCUUUUUGUUACGUUGUCCUUGUUUUCAAUCAUUGUACAUAGACGCUAGCUCGAAGCAGUUGUAAAUAAAGUAAAGUUUGGUCUUAAACUUGCCUGCUUUUCUCCCGAACUAAACGGAUUAAACGCGGGCAAGUCUUGUAAUAUAACAGUUUUGCGGUCCUUAAAGAUAUCCAUAGCGUGUCGCCAAUUUAGUAGAUAUUUAUUGCUAACGUACUUUACAUUGUUGUUUGAAAACCGCAGCCGAACUGUUUAAGUUUUGUAUUAAAAAUAAAUUAGUGUUUUCUUC